AUGGGGAGAGACCAAGGGAGGACGAGCUCGGGGCUUAUUGCUUCACGACGCCAGACUGGCGAUGACGAGCAAUUGUACCGCGAAACACCGCGAAAUGGUCCAGAUGCGGCAGGUGGAAGGUGGCGGAUGGCAGCGGGCAAAGCUGUGGACUCUGAGCAUCCAAAAGUGCUUGCAGAAAGGCUUCUAAAGAGAGAAGGAGAGAAAGAGGGAGGAGGAAGGAACGGGGUAUGGAUGCACGGCGGCCAGAGAACAAGGUACAGCGGGUAUAUGAAGUAUUUCACAAGAGCAGAAGGCAGCUCGCUGCGGGCACCCUCAUCCCGAGCUGUUGAGCUGAGGCCGGGCUUGAUCGUCGCCAACGGUGCCGAACCAGGCAAGGGCCUGCGUCACACCGAACACUUCCAUGCGCCUAACCACACCAGGAACGCUCCCAUCGGAACCCGAAUGGAGCUUGCGGCUGUGAUAGGAACCGUCCAGCGCGACUUCCAUCAACACUAUCCAACCUCACACCCUUCCUGCGCCCGCAGGCCUGGGGUGCAACUCGCCGCUUGCGAGGCCAAAAGCAGAGUCGCUUGGCAUCUCGCCAACCCAAUGACGCUGUCAAUUCAACGCUGCAAUCCUGCUAGCGGACAAGAGAUAUCUUCUUGCUCAACAGACACGUUCCGCUCCCAAACCAUCCACAUAAGCUUAUUAUUUCAUGCCCAAGUUGAACAUCGGGUCUCCGCUCGCAAGCUUCGGAGUCCGUCCGCACUCCUCCCCCCGCCCCCCCAACUCCCUUUCCUGCCCAGCCUCGAGCCUCCCAGUCAAUCGAGUCUAUUGGACAAGAUGUGCUUCGUCGCUACCCGCACACCUUCCGUCUACCCAGGUACCAACAUACAUGAUUCCGAUUUCCAGGGUCGCGGUCCGAGCCUACCGCCGAUGUGCUUGACGUGCGAAAUGAUGAAAGAAUCGUACCAUGUUUCAUGUGCAACACCAAAGCCUCAUGCUUCCGACCUCUGUUCAGCUCCCAAAAUAGCUAGCCUCCUGAACCUCAACUCGAUUCUGCAUCGCCUCCUACCGAGGCAUCAAGCUAAAUCCUCGUUUCACUCAAACAAUUCAGUGUGA